AUGGCAGUAUGUUAAAUUUAAAGAAUUUUUGUUCAGUUCAUCGACGCGGACAGGGGGAAAUAGCCGACAGAAAUUGACAGAAAUUUCGCCCGUGUAUGUACGCGAAAUGACUGAUAACCCUUUCUCGAAGAAGAAUAUUCAGAGAACUGAUUCGCGAGUAUCGUGCCAAGAGAACGGGAAUCACCGAGUGACAAGUCUCGUCGGUGACAACUCGCGCGGAGGUUAGAUUGACAUUCUUGAGGUUAGAAAUGGCCGCAACGCGCGGCCGAAGGGUAACGUGUACUUUAACUUUAGACUGAUUGCGAGACUUUCGCGACUGCUCUCAUUCAUUUCGAUAACGAUUGGAUACAUAUAUAUAUAUAUAUAUAUAAGGUGGAGAGGCGACGAAGAGACAUGUACAAAUUUAAACCAUUCGUGUUCAUGGAGCACGCGGCGAACGGGCCGGAACGUCCGAAGGCGCGUAGCGGUCAUCGAAUCGCGUGCGAUUAUCGAAAUCUGUACUCUUACGGCGGCUUCAAUCCUUGCAUAUCCGAUACCGACCCGGACAUGCUCGACGAUCAAACGUGGGUGGCCAGUAAGCCGCUGUUCAAAGAACUGUGGCGCUUCAACCUGGUGAGCGAACGUUGGAAGCGACUGCCCGGCCAGGAGAACAUGCCGAACGAGUUGGCGUCGAACGCGGUGAUUCUACGCGGCAACGCAUUGAUGGUGUACGGCGGUACCGGCGUGCCCUUCGGCGAGAGUUGUAGCAAUCAGCUGUACGUCUGCAACGUAAACGAUGGUACGAUGAAGAUAGUACCGGCCACAGGCGAGCUACCUGAACCUCAGUAUGGACAGGCCCUGGUAUAUCAUAGUUCCUACCUCUACACAGUCGGUGGUACCACCGGUUACGAAUACACCUGCGAUAUUCAUCGAUUUGAUCUGAAAAAUGGUGUCUGGGAAACAGUGUAUGUUUGCUCUGGAAGGGAAGAGUCAGAACCACAUGGAAGAUACAGGCAUGAGCUUGCCUUUGAUGGCAAGAUGAUCUAUGUCCUGGGUGGUGGCACCUCAACAGAGGCCUAUGGCUUUUCGGAAAUACCGGCGUUCGACCUGGAGACCAAUAGGUGGAGGAUGUUGAACACGCAUGGCGACAGUAACGAGGCUAUGGUGCCGGCACCGCGACGUUGUCACGGUUCCGUUCAGUACACGGACGAAAAAAGCGGCAUUACUUCGGUCGUUAUAUCAGGCGGCUACAACGGUGAUCGGGUAUUCUCCGACGUUUGGCGACUCGAUCUCAGCACGCUGCAAUGGACAUGCUUAAGAGAAUGCAUCUUACCGUGUCCGGUGUACUUCCACUCGGCCGCGCUGAUUCCGGAGGGUCGCAUGUACAUAUUCGGCGGUAUAGUCAAAGUGAACAACAUGAUACAGAGAACAAACGCGGUUCAUUCCGCUUGGAUUACGAUUCCCAAACUGUCCGAGAUCUGCUGGCAGGCGUUGAAUUAUUAUUAUCCGCCGUUGAGGGACUGUUCGCCAGACAAAUUGCUUCACAUUGGCAUACCCUUGAAAUUCGUACAAAGACUCGAAUAUUACGAUUGGUGAACGCUCUUAAUUGCUCUCUCUUCGGAUCAUUUUUCUCAAAGUUCUCUCUACGCACUUCACAGCGGUAAUUACGCUUCGAUCAUUUUUAUUCGAUAUUUAUUGAUACGUAAUUUUCUGGUACCUUUUUUUACGAUUUUAUCUAUCGUGUAAUAAUGACACGUACGUAUGAAAUAAUUUUAUAAUCAUUCUGUUUAUUAUAUUUGUGGUAUAAUAAUGCUCUAAUUGCGAAAUAAUAGAUUUUUUUUUCCCCAAAAAUCUAUAAAUUUUAUAUAUAUAUAUCCGACAUGCAAUGUUAAAUUGUCGGAUACGCUAUUUUCGUGAUAUUAACGCCAGAUAAUGGUAUUAUCUUUGUCUAAAAUGUACAAAUAAUUAUAAUUAAAAAUUACAAUAAUA